UACGCCAACCCAACCCAACCCACGUCGUAAAAGUAUAAAGAGACAUUAUAAUAUACAAUUUCUUUCUUUAUAGAGUGUUUCGAUUUAUAAACCUUUUAAACGCUGCCUUUGCAUUUUACACACCAACAACGCGCUUCACUCGUAUUUUCUUCUCUCCCAAAGUUUCUCCCUUUUCGAUUCCAAAAGAUGAGUGAAGAGCAGCAGCGACCUGCGCCUCGUCUUAACGAGAGGAUCCUCUCUUCCUUGUCCAGACGAUCCGUUGCUGCUCAUCCUUGGCAUGAUCUUGAGAUUGGCCCUGGAGCUCCCCAGAUUUUCAAUGUUGUGGUUGAGAUCACAAAGGGAAGCAAAGUCAAAUAUGAACUUGACAAAAAGACUGGACUCAUCAAGGUUGAUCGUAUUCUCUACUCAUCAGUCGUUUACCCUCACAACUAUGGUUUCGUUCCUCGCACACUAUGUGAAGACAAUGACCCUAUUGAUGUUUUAGUCAUCAUGCAGGAACCUGUCCUUCCUGGUUGUUUUCUUCGUGCUCGUGCUAUUGGAUUAAUGCCUAUGAUUGAUCAGGGUGAGAAAGAUGACAAGAUUAUAGCAGUCUGUGUUGAUGAUCCUGAGUACAAGCAUUACACUGACAUCAAAGAACUUCCUCCUCACCGUCUCUCUGAGAUCCGUCGUUUCUUUGAAGACUACAAGAAGAACGAGAACAAGGAAGUUGCAGUCAAUGAUUUUCUGCCAUCUGAGAAUGCUAUUGAAGCUAUCCAGUACUCUAUGGACCUUUAUGCUGAGUACAUUCUCCAUACCCUGAGACGUUGAAGCUUCAUCUCCUCAGAACGUUUCCUGCAACAUCUUGGUUUCUGUUUCUUUCAAUGAUGAUAAGAAACAGCUUUUUAUCUUAAUUCAUACUUUCUCUGUUUUUUCUUGUAAGACUUUGUAUCUAUCAUUUGUUCUUCUGAACUCAUUACGAUUGAAACGUUCACCAACACCCCUCGUUAAGCAUUUUCAUUCAUGGAUA